AUGAUUCUCCACCCGGCGUCGGCCGGUGCAAUGCUGGCCGAAGCGGCCAGGGACCCUGGUCACGCUUCCGAGGGCGCCACUGUUCUGCUCUUUGCAGUCUUGACUGCAGCCGUCAUGUCUAUGACAGAGGAAGAAUGCGUCCAAACAUUCGCGACGAAGCAAUCGAUCCUCCGCUCCAGAUACAGAUCCGGCUGCGAGUUGGCCCUAGCACGCGUCGAGUUCCUCGUGUCCUGCAACUUUGCCGUGCUCCAAGCUUACACGGUGUAUCUCUCCGCAGUGAGCGCAGACCUCGACCCACGAGAGCUAUGGAGCCUCACGGGAAUCGCCAAACGAAAUGCUCAGAGGCUGGGCUUGCACCAAGAAGGAGCUGUCAAGGGUCUCACCUUGUUUGAUGUUGAAAUGCGACGCAGACUGUGGCACCAGAUCGUCAUGCACGAUGCUAUGUCGGCCCAGGCCAUGGGCUGGCAAUGGCUGGACUCCCACGUUAUCGGCAAACUUGAACCACCCACCAACAUCAACGAUAGCGACUUGUCUCCAACUAUGCAGGAACCUGUCAAGCCUCGAGUUGGUGCCACGGACAUGAUAUUCUACAACUUGCGCUACAAGUUGAUCCAAUUCGUGGGCAGAAUCGACGGCUGGUACCGUCGGUGGCUCGCCCCCGGAGAGAAUAAUCGAGACACUGCUACCGCCAUCGAUCCAAGUUGCUGCGCCGAUAUGCAAUGUAUUAUUGAGUCCAUGGAGAAAGAAGUCGAGCUGGAAAUCCUCCGCUACUGCGACAUCCUCAACCCACUGCACCUGUUAACGGCGGGCAUCGCUCGGCUGACACUGUGCAAACAGCGCUUCCUCAUGCUCAAGGCGUUGUCAUCACAGCACGGAGGAGAGUCGUCGUCAUGGUCAAGUAGUCAGGCCGCAGAUGACGGGGAGAAUAACAUGCUCUCGACGGCGAUCCGCGUGCUGGAAUACGAAAACAACCUGAUCUGCCAGCCCUCCAUCCGUGGGUUCCUCUGGUACAUGCAGCAGGAAUUCCUGUGGUCGUGUCUCAUCUAUAUCCUCCAAUGUCUCAAGGCACAGCCGAGUGGAGAACAGGCUGACAAGGCCUGGGAUCAAAUCGGCCGGCUGUACGAGCUGCGGCCGAGCUAUUACCAGGGUCCGAAGCAGAAGCUUGCCCUUCAUAUGCAUGCCGCGAUCCGCAUCAUGACGCUUGAAGCGUGGCGAGCGAGAGAGAUCCAUUAUACGUCGCAGGGUGAGCAGAUGCUGCACACCCCGAUCUACAUCACCACUCUUCGGGACCAAGAGCAGUGUCUAGCAGUAGGAGGAGGAUCAAGAUCAUCUGAACAUCAUCACCAAGCGCCGACGACGAGCCUAGAGGCGCCGCCGGCCCCCCUCCCCACUGCCACCACCUUCUCUUCUCACACGCCGAGAUCCCAGAUGGAAAGUGACCUCUUUUUCUCCAGCAGCAACUUGGGACACGACCUAUUAAAUUGGUCGGAUAUGCUGGGCUUGAACCCAGCCGCCAGUGAAGCGAGCGCCUUCGACUUGUUCUCCUCGGGUGGGCCAGUUUUUGGGUCCGAGACGAGCACGUCCACGCAAGGCUUCGACAGCGAUGCGGGCCAUUUUGGGUUUCCGUCGAGUUGGACUAGACGCCGUGUUUAUAGCUAGAAGACGAGGAUGAAACCGGGGGGCCGACGAGUAUCACGACAGUGAUUCCGUGUAUCCCCUGACGUCUGAGUUGUGUACAAGUCAAUGUAUGGUUCAGAGGGGCAAGAAUAAAAAUUAGAGCCCGAUGAAAAGUUGUAAUCAAGUACGGUACCCACAAAAAGAAAGAAAAAU